UAUGUUAUUAACUUUACUUUUAUUUUUCAGGCGGAAAAUGUACAGCAUACCGGUAAUCAAUUUACCAGAUGAGUGGGAUGAGGAGAGUGAAGAGACAGAAGAAGAAGUUAGCCAGACAUUGGAUGAAGGAGAAGAAGAUGAUGAUGAAACUUUGUAUCCGAUAACGCAUCGGGAUGCGAGCACUGCAACAGAUGAGGAUGUUGACCAAAAGACAGAUGGACGAAUACAGCGGAAGAGUAAAAAAAUUGGAAGUUCACUGAAAAAUGUUGCGGAACAAAUAGUCCAUCAGCACCGAAAACUCUUGAAUAAGCAUGAAGUACUACUGGGCAAACGACGCGCAACAUUGCAGAACAUCAGCUUACUGCACGACAAACUCCUAAACAUAUGGAACGAGAAAAUGAAGAGUCAGCACGAAUAUGGCUACCAGUAUCUACGUUCGAUUGAAAACAGCCAAACGACGUGGCAGUCUAAAAUGACUGAAAGUUGUAAGCGCAACGAUUUGGCUUCUUCAAACGGUCAUAAGCAGACAGGCGACGAGACAGUGGUACAAAUACACAGGAGAAGUUCAAAGCAAGAAGUGGAAAGGUUAGGCAGGGAUUUACUGGAUUCCAGUGAAAAACGCUUGAAGACGUUGGAAGAAGUCGUGUCUUUAAUCAGCAAAGAACUAGAAGAAGCCAAAAAAGAAUGUGGAAUACUUGACAAGGAAUUGGCUGAAACGGUAAUUUAUCUGGAAGAAAAGGAAGAAAUGUUGAAAAUGAUAAAUGAAAGUGAAGAAACUGAAGUCGCAGAUGGGAAAGUCCAUUCACGUGGAAUGUCGAUGCAGUCAAAUGGAAGUAAUAGAAAUAAGAUGAUUCAUCGUUCACCUCCACAACCAUACACUUUUAAAUCCGAAAGGGAAAUAACAGAAUUUUUUGUCGAAAAAAGAUCCACUGCGAUUUAUCCAGCUUACGGAAGCAAUUCAGGGAACAACAAGCAGGAGGUACCUUCAGUAUCAACUAAUAGUCACCGUAGUUCUUACAGUACUGCAUCAUGUUCAUUUCCAGCAGACCAAAGUUGUUUUGGAGACAAUGCGUCAUCGAGGAGCUCCGAGGCCGAGUCAACGGAUAAUAACCACACUUUAACGCCGAAAUACCGAUACUCGUAUUUCUAUGGGACAGGUAACAGACCGUCAUGUUCAUCAACCGCCAUCUCUCACAACCAUGCAUCCGAGCCACCUAAGAAACGUGGUCGCCCCCGGAAGCUGCCUGAUGUUGGGCGGCUUCCCGUAGAUGCAAGCGAAUCUUGUAAGAAAAAACGUGGUCGUCCGCGAAAGUAUUUGAAACUCGAAUUGACAAGAAUAUCUUCUACAAUCUAAGCACUAGGCAAACAAUUUUAUAGGUGUGGAUGUACCUGAAAUGUACUUUUAGAAUCGCAGACCAAUGUUUUGUUCUUAUGGUUCUAACGACGCAACUGUUUUCAACUGUACGAAAAUUCAUGUAGUGGGUAAUUUGAAACUAAAUUUCACGGUGUGAAAUCUUUUAAAACUUAAAUGGAAUAACAUGUUGAGCACAGUUUUUGAACACCUAAAUUGUUAAACGAAAAGAGAAGCUGGAUGUUGUUCAUGUGGCAGGAGGAUAUGUUACAUUGUGAAGUGAACUUUUCAAAAGUUUUCCAACCUAUUUCAGAAUUUGUCAUGAUUUUUUUUUUUUCGAUUUUCGAAAACUAGAUUGUUUAUGUUACUGGAUGCAAACUAUUAUUGUUCUCAAGUCGAGAUAAUGACAAAUCACGUAUCCGCAUCGUCAAAAUACCCGCUUCGGAAUCUGGAAUAAGUUGCAGCCAAACGUUUGCUGCCUAUUUUCCUUCUCCCUAGAUGGCAGUAAAUGGAUGUUGCUUGACUUCUUCCCACUAGAUGGCAGCACAUUGUUCCAUGCUUCAUUCGAAAGGCUGCUUGUCUUUUCGUUAGAUGGCAGCACGUUGUAGACUAUCAAACCGAGGGCCGCCAACUUUUGUUUUCUUCAUUCGUGACUUCAUUGGCAAUGAACACAAAUAACGAUACCGCUGUAGAAAACUGGAAUGAAAUAUAGCUCUAGCGUCUUAA